AUAAAGACAGACAAUUAACUUUUAAUGGAUUUCAAUUUCGGGACCAUUAGGGGAACUUGAUGUCCUCAUCCACUUCUCCGAAAAACUUUGUUCAGGGCACUACUGGUACUGCCAUGUCCCGUGGACGUUCAGGCGAUUCUAUCCUCAGUAAUAACGACACAAAGGGAGCAGAUUCACUUCCAGGUACAUGGAGUUCCCCGUCGUUAGGAGCUGGCGGCGGCAGUACUGGCGUUGGUAUUGGGAGCAAUAGCAGUAGCUUGUUUGGAGUCACAGGAGCUGUGGCCCAAAUCGCCAGAAUGCGUACAAAGAUCGAUUCGCCACUUUUCGAAACUGAGGAGAAAGACAAGGAGUCACAAGAGGCAGAAGAGCUUUUGGCAUCCGAUACAGAGCUGGCACCACCACCGCUUCCCAUCUCUUCAGCCAGCCCAGUCUCUUAUUCACGUACUGAAGAUGGCUCUAAGAGCUUAUCAAGCAGCAUGCCAUCAUCCGCGGGGACUUCAGUAGCAACUUUGGUUAACCGACGGCCAUCUCUAACUACUUCACAGAAUCAUUCUUCGGAUCAAUAUGGAUUCAACAAAGGUGACUUGGGUCCUAAACCGGCAACUUUUGAGGGCAUCAAAAAAGGAAAUAACAAUAGUAAGAUAUCUAGUCUACUAGCGCCAAUCAUGCCUUCUUCAGCUGGACACACAGUUGUUUCUGUGUCUGAACAAUCGGAAGGAGGCGCUAGUGAUGAGCAUGAAAUGGGACAAGAACUCCGUCCUAUACAUACCCCCAAAUGCAACCGAGAAGCAACGGAAAUAUACCCAUCAGCAGAUGAAGAAAGCGAUAAUGAAGACAAGCUGAAGAAUGAUCGGACGGUAUUGCCUCCGUCGAUACCACCUCCCUUACCGCCUAGGCAUGUAUCUCAAGGACCACUUCAGUGUCAACCGCAGCAACAUGACGAGAUUGCCCCUGACCAGGAAUCGGUCAGCAUGCGAGUUGAGCCUAUUAUCCAGAACCGUGAAGAUUUGAUUAAUCGAUUAAUGAACAUUAUCUGUGGGCAGCCAGAGUCUGGAGCACACCGGUUCCGGAUCAUUACCAUCCAUAUGGCCGCAGAAUUAUUGAUGGAGUUUGUGUUUACAAAAGGUGUAUCCAACAAUACCGCUACUAAUGCAUCAACUAUAAAAGAAGAGAAUAAUCAAGCUCAAAACGCCGCUGCAUCUCAACAGUCAGCCGAGAGUCACUUGGGGGAGGUCGAUAUGCAGCGGCUAGCUUCGGCAGAAGCACAGUUUCGAGUAAGAGUCCAAAAGGGCAUUAGAAGGCUGGAGCGCAAAAAACAGAGGGCUAGUCUCAAGCAAGGAGGCGAUGGAGCUGGAACAGCUUCACUAUUUCCUCAGCCAUUAGGUAUUCUGACAGGACGUAUCGAACGAGCGAUGACAGAGUCAAAGUUGGGUAUCGAUAAGCAGAUUGUGAACAUCAUCGCAGAGUCAUCUGUAAUCUAUGGACCGGACAAGGACCUCGACAAUGAGCCUGAUAUAGACCCUACGCCAGAGUUGGCGACCCUCUUUAGCCUUGACCCUGAAUACACAAAUAUAAGACAUGAAAAGACAGAUACAAGAGGAAGGACCUGGAAAAAUGAAGAGUAUAUAAAUGGUCAACAUCAAAACCAACCGCCAGUAAGCAGCAGUUCCAAUGGACCUAUCUCUUUCAAGGAGAGAUUCAGAUCCAGGUCCAGGACUCGAAGCAAGAUCAGCUCAAUGAUCCGGGGUUCGUCAGAACCACGACCACCACAAUCCGACCGUCAGGAUGCACCUCUUCAGCCUCCACAAAGUCGUCUGAGUGGGACCCAGCGCUUGGAAGCAAUGGUGGUUCGGUAUAUAAAGUGGUUACACAUCUUGAUUCAGUGUCGACAGGUUCUGUCGCGGAAAGCAGUUACACCGGCAGGCCCUAGUGCAAGUCCAAAUCCUGCUACGUUUGGAGUUACAACAAACCAUGGGCUCAUGGCGAGAGCUUUAAUAGCUGGAGCUCCUCUGCAACCCACGGUCGACACAACAUCUGUUGAGGCCAACUCUGUUAAUUUGCUAGCGGACAAAGGAUCGCCCUCAAUAUCUAUUACCAAGUCUUUUGAAGAUUCUAGGAACUCAACGCCUCUGUUAGCAUCUAUCCCUGCUUUAAACAUGGCUCCAACUCUGCCGGCACAAAUCGAACGAAGAUCCAGUGACUUGCUAAGUGGAGGAGGGCAUACAACACCAACUUCUUCCUCAGGAAAUGUUGUAUCGGCGCACAAAGGCCUGCAGAAGGCAUUAGCGACCACGGCCACCACAACUACGACUGCGCAAGGCAAUGGGACCCCCCUUACUACUCUUGAAUCCCCCACGUUGGCGCCAAAAGAAACAGGAGGGGUGACAGGAUUGACACCGUCGCCUUUAGCUGAACCGGUCAAUGCGGAUUUCACAUGGCCUUCGUCAGCCCCCUCUUCUAAAUCCUCAUUCACCUCCCUCUCUUUGACAUCUACAGUCCCUUAUGAAACUGCAGACAGCGGGAGUGAACAGGGUGGGAAGCCUACUACCACAGCUUUGCAGUCAGAGUCAAUCAAGGCAUCAGGACGGGGCAUUGGUGCCAAGAGCGCCCUCACAGCAACAGCAGCUCUAGAGGCAGCGGCAGCGGCUAACUCUAAUAACGCUAACGGAUUCGGACACUCUAUCAAUGCAAACAAUCAUCCUUUUAUCAACGACAUGCUUACAAACCAUCUGGAUCCAUUAAGUGCCAGUGUCUCCGAGGUGAUUCGAAAGAGUAGCGCAAGGUUCAAGUCUGUGGUUGAUCCCUUGUCGUCAAAUCAGCUAUUUAAGCCCUCGCCUUCGCCUUCCGUUGCCUCUUCGACAUUGGGUCCUGAAAAGGAGCCACUCCCGCCUGUAAACAAGGGCUUUUAUCGGCCAACAGCGCCGAUAGCAGGUCCGCCAACUGAACUAUCCGCAGCCACGUCAUCAGCCUCUUCUGUUGUAUCAAUGAACUCAAAGCCAGCGUCGAGCUAUGUGCCUACAAGGCAGCGCUCGCCAUCAGGUGGGUCCACUAAUUCUUGGACCUCCCAUUCUGCAGGGACCGCCGUUUCGACGGCAGGCACAUCUGUUUUGGGCGCUGUUUCAUCUUCGGUCAUUAGAAGGGUUAGUGAGGAUUAUUCGACAUUGAAUGAAUUGACAUCUCCUGGGAGUGUCAAAAUUGUGAGAGACGGGAAUGAGAACGAAGAUGGAUCGGGGUUCAUGAGUAUUCUUGACCCAGGACAUCCAGCACAGCAAUCGGAUCCUCAAGUCGCCAAAAUCUUAGAGACAUUAGGUCUGACAGCGACAAAUAUUAAUUUAUCGGCAUGAAGUAGCUUAGGAUUCCAUUUUCUUAUUCAUCUUUUUGCAAAAGUCAUCUUCAUUCCUCAAUCUAAUGUAAUGAGUAUUUGAUACGGCUUUCUGUUUCCCAUUUAGAUGGUUUGAAUUAUAUUCUUCCAAUGAAUAAAUAUAGAAGAUUAUUUGAAAAGUG